UUAUAGUUUAAUUUUCCUUGGAAGAUGGAAUGUUACUUUAUGGGACGUCAUAUGAUAACAGUGCUUGUGGGCGUGCAGCGUUUUGACAAUUAUUUACUAAAACACGCAAGAAGGCUCACGCUGGCGGGAUUAUCGUGAACAGGUUCGCGUCAAGUGAAAUUGUAAACUGUUUACUUUUUGGUACAAAUGGAUCGGUGGAAAGGUAGAGUAGCUCUUGUGACUGGAGCCUCCGUUGGAAUUGGAGCGGCUAUCACGAAAGCUCUUGUCCGACAUGGCAUGAAGGUGGUCGGCUGCGCCAGGACUGUUGAGAAGAUAGAGAAACUGGCAGCAGAAUGCCAGAGUGCUGGCUUGAGUGGCACUCUCAUUCCCUACAAAUGCGACUUGUCAAACGAAGAGGAGAUCCUCUCCAUGUUCUCCGCCAUCAAGACCUUGCACCAGGGUGUUGAUGUGUGCAUCAAUAACGCUGGCCUAGCUCACCCUGAGCCACUGCUGAGCGGCAAAACUGAUGGCUGGAGGACGAUGAUGGAUGUCAACGUCCUUGCUUUGUCAAUAUGCACAAGGGAGGCAUACCAGUCCAUGAAGGAAAGAAAUGUGGAUGAUGGACAUAUCAUUAACAUCAACAGCAUGAGUGGGCACAGAGUGGUGCCCAGUGCCAGCGUUCACUUCUACAGUGCCACCAAGUAUGCUGUGACCGCACUCACUGAGGGGAUCCGGCAGGAGCUACGGGAAGCAAAGACCCAUAUACGAGCCACUGCCAUAUCACCUGGUCUAGUGGAAACAGAAUUUGCCUUCCGCCUCCAUGGCGAUGACCCUGAGAAAGCUGCUGCAACAUAUGCAAGUAUAAAGUGCUUGGAGGCUGGCGACAUAGCCAGUGCAGUGGUGUAUGCCUUAAGUGCCCCUCCUCAUGUACAGAUUGGUGACAUUCUGAUGCGGCCCGUUGAACAGGUGUCCUAACCUCAUGCAGGCCGGUCGUCUGCUGCUUUAAAAACUGCUGGAGGGAUCUGCCGUGUCUAAAUCUGCUCACCUCAAGAGUCUAUCCCCCUAAAGGGACCUGCGAGGGAGUUUUGUAAAGUGUUUGGGCUACGGGUUCCUACAGGUGCAGCCCUGAUGUAUGGUGCCUGGUGAAUAAGGAGAGGAGCAUUGGAGACAGGGCCACCUAUUUAAAAUUUUGGCUAUAUGGUAUAAUAAUGUAGGUUCAGAUUCAUUGUCACUUGAUGGUACAUGUGAAUCACACUGUGGUGUGAAUCAAGUUUAUUUUUAAAGAAGAUGUUGUAAUGAAUAAGCCGGGAUGAUCAAAAAAUCUAUUGCAGACUCAUGAAUCAAAGUCACAUUAAAAUCCACCCAAGCAAACUGUAAACCCGUAACCCAGUAACACAAGAUAAACACCACCACAUUUUUGGGAUACUUUUUUUUUUAUCUAAAAACUGACUGACUGAUACCUCAGUUAUGAGUAUACCUCAAUUGUUGUAUGUAUACCUCAAGUCAGGAGACAGUGCUAAAUUAAAUGACUUCAUAUGUAUUUUUUUUUAUUAUGUUGCUCGAACAAAUAGCGACUUGUUAACAUGUUAGGAUUUCUCUGAUUAUAGUCCAGGAUACUGACUGCAUUUACUAUCUAAGUAGUUGUAUUUGACUAUGAAAUACUUGAUUUGGCUAUUUUUUGGAUAGAACUCCAGCCGAAUGAUAAACCACUAAGUACUGAUUUACCUCCCUUCCUUAGCUGCUAAUUGUUAUGAUUUCCACAUGAAUUUCUUUCCUUUUCUUGUUUUUUUUGUACAACUAGUAGCUGUUAAUGCAGACAACUACACACAGGCACAGUGGUGAUAAAGGAAUGCAGGGGUUUUGCAAUGAUUACUUCACUACAACCUCCAGACAUGUGUGACAUCAUGUGACACACAAUAAAAUGUGUAAUGCAAAAAUAAUAGUGCUAUAAAUAAAUAAAAAUUCACUGCAUCAUG